UCAAGUUUCCUCUGACUGUUAAGUCCCACUGGUCUCUGAGCUCCAACCUUUUACAGUUGGACACACCUGGCCGGUGCCUAAGGUUGAACCAUGAUUGUCUUGAUGAAUGAUCUAUGGAAUGAUACUGAGUGGAAUUAUGAUGAAUUUGGAAAUUUCAGCGGCACACCACCCACAGAAACAUAUAGUCCCUGUAGGAUAGACCCUGAGACACUCAACAAGUAUGCAGUGGUGGUCAUCUAUGCCCUGGUCUUCAUGCUGAAUCUGCUGGGAAACUCCCUAGUGAUAGUGGUUGUCUUAUAUAGUCGGAUCAGCCAGUCUGUCACUGACGUCUACCUGCUGAACCUGGCCAUAGCCGACCUGCUCUUCGCCCUGACCUUGCCUCUCUGGGCUGCCUCCAAGGCAAAGGGCUGGAUCUUUGGCACACCCCUGUGCAAGGUGGUCUCGCUCCUGAAGGAAGUCAACUUCUACAGUGGUAUUUUACUACUGGCCUGCAUCAGCGUGGACCGCUACCUGGCCAUUGUCCAUGCCACACGCACGCUGACCCAGAAGCGGCACUGGGUCAAGUUCAUAUGCUUAGGCAUCUGGGCCCUGUCCCUGAUCCUGUCCCUACCCAUCUUCAUCUUCCGCAGGGCCAUCAAUCCCCCCUACUCCAGCCCAGUCUGCUACGAGGACAUGGGUGCCAAUACGACAAAACUGCGGAUAGUGAUGCGGGCCCUGCCCCAGACCUUUGGCUUCCUCCUGCCGCUCGUGGUCAUGCUGUUCUGCUAUGGGCUCACCCUGCGCACCCUGUUUGAGGCCCACAUGGGGCAGAAGCACCGGGCCAUGCGGGUCAUCUUCGCUGUCGUGCUUGUCUUCCUGCUCUGUUGGCUGCCCUACAACCUGGUCCUGGUCGCAGACACCCUCAUGAGGCUCCGGGUGAUCAAGGAGACUUGUGAGCGCCGCAAUGACAUUGGCCGGGCCCUGGAUGCCACCGAGAUUCUGGGCUUCCUCCACAGCUGCCUCAAUCCCUUCAUCUACGCCUUCAUUGGCCAGAAGUUUCGCCAUGGACUCCUCAAGAUCAUGGCCUUCCAUGGGCUCAUCAGCAAGGAGUACUUGUCCAAGGACGGCAGGCCUUCCUUUGUGGGCUCUUCUUCAGCAAACACUUCUACUACCUUCUAAGCGCCCCCGGCCCUGUUGCAGCCCCUCGGGGCUCCUCCCUCACCAUCAGCAUCGCGUUCCGAGCCUCAUGUCCACUGGCUGUUCACAGUCUCUGUGUCAAGGCAGCCCCCGGGUGUGGUUACAGGAAGUUACUGGGGCCACGUCCUUUUCAGGCCCUUUGUACAGUUUAGAAAGCCUGCCCUGGUUCCCCAGCCCUGACUAUACUUACUCUGUCAGCUGCUAGAGCUCAGUCCAUCCUACCACUGAGCCCACAGCACUCUGUUCUCUGAGGCAGUUAAAGACACUUCAAAGGCAUUCCUUCAAGUGACUACAGAAAGUUCCUACCAUGGGGAGGCAUCAGUGGUGAACGGCAUUAGCUGCUGCCCCGACUGUCCCUUUCUUGCUUGCCAGCAAAGCCCACCUCCCUUGAGAGAGGCUGAGAAGGACAGAUACUCACUUUCGAAGACUCCCUUGGCUAGGAGUGGCCCUGCCAUUCACUUUGGACUAAUUAGAUUUCAGGGCAAUGGUGUGCUGGUAAACCACUCUCCUGGGGGAAAGAAGUCCUGAUUUGUAGCAUUUACCGAGUUGCCUGGUGUAAAUGCUCCCGCCAUGGCGAUUUCAAGGGUUUUCAAGUGUUUAGCAACCAGCUCACAAAAAUUUAGGAAAUGUAAUGAGCUGCUUUCACAAGCAGGUACAAACUGGCCCUAGUGCACCAUUGCUUAAGAGGAAGUCUGCUGGGUCCAGGGACUCCUGGGAAGUAGUCCUGAUUGAAAAAAGAGAGAAAGGCACACACACACCCUUGGUUCUCACCUUUGAAUAUGGCUGUAGGAUAUGAUGUGACAAAGAGGCAAAAAGUGUGCUCAACACACUUAGGCAGAUGGAGCAGAUGAGAAUAAAGAGCCCAGAAAGAAGCCUAAGCGUAAAUGGUCAAUGAUUUUCAACAAGGGGCACCAAGACUAUUCGAUGGGGAAAGGAUAGUCGUUCAACAAAUGGUGCGGGCAAACCAGAUAUCCACACGCACAGGAAUGAACUUGGUCCCUUUCCUUACACUAUAUGCAAAAGUUGACUCAAAAUGGGUCAAAGACCUACACAGGGGAGCUUCAACCAUAAAACGCUUAGUAGACACGUAGAGGAUAUGUCUUAUAACAUUGGAUUUGGCAAUGAUUCCUUUGAUAUGACACCGAGAGCACAGGUAAGAAAAGAAUAAAUAGAUAAUUGGAUUUCAGCAACGUUAAAAACUUGUGUGCAUCAAAGGACACUAUCAACAGAGUGGAAAGGGAAAUCACAGAAUGGGAGAAAAUAUUUUUAAAUCAAAUUUCAUACAGUUUACUCUCCACAAUAUACAAAGAAUUCCUACCAUUCAACAACAAGAACAACAACAACAAAGACAGAUAAUAACAAGUGUCGGCAACGAUACGGAAAUACUGGUGGGACCCCUGUGCAUCAUUGGUGGAAAUGGAAAUGGUGCAGCCACUGUGGAAAACAGUGCCUUGAAAGAUGAAGCAGAAUUCCUAUCUGAUCCAGCACCUCCAUGUCUAAGUGUACACCCAAAAGAACUGAGAGCAGAGACUCAAACAGAUGUUCGUAUACUAAUGUUCCUAGCGGCAUUAUUCACAGUUGCCAAAAGACAACAACCACCCAAUGUCCAUCAAUGGAUGAUGGACAAACAAAAUGUGGGGUAUACAUGCAAUGGAAUAUCGUUCGGUCUUAAAAAUGAAUGAGCUUCUGGUACAAGCUACAAACAUGGGUGAGCCCUGAGAACAUGAUACGAAGUGAAAGAAGCCAGGCAAAAAUAGUGUAUGAUUCCAGUUAUUGGAAACACCUGCAAUAGUCAAGUUCAUAGAGACAAGAACAAACAGUUGUUACCGGGGGCUGGGCAGAGGGGAAAAUAGGAGGUAAUUGUUUAAUGGGUACACAAUUCAGUUGGGGAUGAUGAAGAGUUUCUGGAGAUAGAUAGUGGUGACAGUGGUACAACAGUGUGACUGAGCUUAAUGUCACUAAACUCUACGUUUAAACUGGUAAAAAUGGUCAGUUUUAUGUUGUGUGUAUCUUACUACAAUGGGAAAAAAAAAAAAAAACAACUAGUUCCCAAAAGACAAAUUUUAGCAACUGAACCAAUCGUGGAACCAUCUACCUAUAACUUCUUGUUCGGGGAGAUAAUUAAAUGUCUUUUUUUUUCCUUUGUAU